UUAAUGAACUGCCAGCGCUCUCAGAUGACUGUCGUUAUCUGGUCCUGUUGGCAAAGAUCCAAAAUAAGGUUGACAAAAAUGAGGAAGCUCUAUUUUCCCUACAAAGAGCCCGGGACGUGCAGGCCAAGGUGCUGAAGCGGGUGCAGUUGGAGCAGCCUGAGGCCUACCCCAUGCAGAAGCAGCUUGCUGCCGAGAUCUGCGCUGAGAUCGCUAAACACUACACAAGUCAGAGGGGCUAUGAGAGAGCAGUCAAAUUCUACAAAGAAGCUCUUGUGUAUUGUGAGACUGAUCGCAAGGUGAUGCUGGAGUUGGCACGGCUGUACCUCACUCUAGACGAGGUUGAUGCGUGCCAGGAGCAGUGCAGCAUUAUUUUGAAGAGUGACCAGUUCAAUGAAGAUGCAACUCUGAUGAUGGCUGACAUUAUGUUUAGGAAGCAGGACUACGAACAGGCAGUUUUCCACUUUCAACAACUCCUGGAGCGCAAACCAGACAACUACCCAACACUGUCACGUCUCAUUGACUUGUUGAGGAGGGCCGGGAAGUUGGAGGAAGUUCCCAGAUUUCUCGAUAUGGCAGAAAAACAUUCCUCCAGAACUAAGUUUGACCCUGGGUUCAACUACUGCAAAGGACUUUAUCUUUGGUACACUGGGGAACCUAACGAUGCUUUGCGGCACUUCAACAAAGCACGGAAAGACAAUGACUGGGGUCAAAAUGCUGUGUAUAACAUGAUUGAAAUCUACCUAAACCCUGACAAUGACACCAUUGGAGGAGAAGUAUUUGAGAAUUUAGAUGGUGAAAUUGGAAACUCCACAGAGAAGCAGGAGUCAGACCAGCUUGCUGUGAGAACAGCUGAGAAGCUGCUGAAGGAGUUAAAGCCUCAGACACCAGGGGGACACAUACAGCUCCGCAUCCUGGAGAACUACUGCAUUCUGGCAACUAAACAGAAGGCCAAUGUAGAGAAAGCUCUCAGUGUUUUCACAGAGAUCGCAAACAAUGAGAAAGACCACGUGCCAGCACUGUUGGCCAUGGCGACAGCUUAUAUGAUGCUGAAACAGACUCCUAAAGCCAGGAACCAGCUCAAACGCAUAGCUAAAAUGAACUGGAGCAUUGUUGACGCCGAUGAGUUUGAGAAGAGCUGGCUGCUCUUGGCAGACAUCUACAUCCAUUCGGGGAAGUAUGACAUGGCCGGGGACCUUUUAAAGAGAUGCCACAACCAUAACAAGUCAUGCUGUAAAGCUUAUGAAUAUCUGGGCUACAUAAUGGAAAAAGAGCAAGCAUUCCGUGAUGCAGCACUCAACUAUGAACUGGCUUGGAAAUAUGGAAAUCGGACGAACCCAACUAUUGGAUACAAGCUUGCUUUCAACUACUUAAAAGCAAAGAGGCAUGUUGAUGCCAUCGACGUUUGUCAUAAGGUCCUGGCUGCUCAUCCAAAUUACCCAAGAAUGAGAAAGGACAUCCUGGACAAAGCUCGUGCUGCUCUAAGAUCGUAGUGUUGGAAGUGUUUGUGUGAAAGACAGAGAUGAAGCCAAUGUUUCUGUAAUAAAAUGAGUUACUUUGACUGAAUACACUUUUAUUGGUUUGCUUUUGCUGUCAAGUUAAAAGAAUGUGCAGUUAUUUGUAUUAUUUCUUUCGGGGGAAAAACCCCUUAAACACAUUGCUAUGUAAAUUUGAGUAUAUGAGUAGUUGGGCGCUGGCAAUCCUGAGGGAAAACACAGUGCAGAGGGGCUCAGGCGCAUUCUCAGCUGAAAGCAUUUUUCUUUUUCUCCUCACAAAACCAAACUGAUUUUGGAGCAAGUGAAUCUAUAACAUUUACAUACCAGCUUUAUUCAUC